GGGGGGACACGGCCCCACCAGGGCCGCCCAGCUGCGGCUGCCUCAGGCGCCUUCCGCAGCUGCCCGGGGGCGGCCCCAGAGCAGCGUACGGGGGGGGCCAGGUUCGAGCCGGCAUCUAGGCCCUGCAGCGUGGCGGCCUGGCCCGGUACCGGCCCGACGCGAUGCUUUCUUUACCUGUCGAAAGAAUGUGCUUCUGGCAAAGACUACGUCCACCCAGAUAGGUGACUUCACUGCAACCAGAGGAAGGUCGAUCCCUGAAGAGCAAGAAGCCCUUCUCCAGCAGUGGCUGCAGGAAGGAACAGGGAAUUCGCCAUCCAGUGAGAGUGCUCCAGCAGUGGAGGAGGUGUCAGUUAAGCUUACUAGUGCUUGGUUAGAAGGUUCAGAGUUAUUGAUGACUAGCCUCAGUGACCUGAAUUCAGUUCCAGAAAUCACCCAGUGUGCUGGUCAGCAGCUCACAGAGCUACACACCUUGGCUUCUUCAGAACCACAAGAGCAUGCAGUGUCCAAAUCAGCAGAGGAAACAGUGGCUGUAGCAGGCAGUGCCCCUUGGGCAGCUGUGGUACCACAGACAGAUCAUCAGAUAGCUGGCUGUGCCACUGUCAGUGUAGAUGUGCAGAAUGAAGACCCAGCUGUGCUGGCCUGGAGUUUAGCACACGAUACAGACACCGUGCCAGCAGAACUCCCCACCUGGCCCAUUCGGGAUACAGUGCAGCUUUGUCCUCUCCCAACAGAGGUACCCUACCACGAGAUUUUGUGGAGAGACUGGGAAGAUCUUUCUGUCCAGCCCUGUGUGCUAGAGCAGGUAACAAAAAACACUCAUCUUUUUGAAUUUCGAGUCAUGUCUUACAACAUCCUUGCUCAGGACCUGGUGGAGCAGGGCCUUGAUCUCUAUCUACACUGUCAUCGAGACAUCCUGAACUGGAACUACCGCCUCCCAAACCUUCUGCAGGAGAUCCAGCACUGGGAUCCUGAUAUUCUGUGUCUCCAGGAGGUGCAAGAAAACCAUUACUGGGAGCAGCUGGAACCGACCUUCAAGGCAAUGGGCUUUGCGUGCUUCUAUAAACGAAGAACUGGGACGAAGACAGAUGGCUGUGCAGUGUGCUAUAAGCACAGCAGGUUCCAGCUGAUCAGCUUUAGCCCCGUAGAAUACUUCCGUCCUGGCCUGGAUGUCCUCAACCGGGAUAAUGUGGGUUUGGUGCUGCUGCUACAGCCUCUGCUCCCAGACAGCCUGCAUCUGAAGGCAGUCAGUCCUUUGUGUGUGGCAAACACUCAUGUGUUGUUCAAUCCCCGGCGGGGAGAUAUUAAACUGGCCCAGAUGGCCUUGCUUCUAGCAGAGAUUGAUAAGGUUGCAAAAACUGCUGAAGGCAACCACUAUCCUGUCAUCUUGUGUGGAGACCUGAAUUCUGUACCUGAUUCUCCACUCUACAAAUUCAUCCGAAAUGGUGAACUCUCCUACCAAGGGAUGCCAGCCUGGAAGGUGUCUGGUCAGGAAGAUUUUUCACAUCAGUUGUAUUCACGGAAACUGUUGGCCCCACUGUGGCCGAGCUCACUGGGUAUAACGGACAACUGUCAGUAUGUCACUCCAUGCCAGCCAAAAAAAACAGGCAGACGGAAGUACAGCCGGGACUUUCUGCUCCAGUUUCGUUUCUGCAGUGUUGCCUGUGAACGACCAUCACAGCUGAUCCUCCUGGAGGGUGUGACGGAUGCUAAUCCAGAAUGCCCUCCGCUCUGUCCCAAGCCUGCUGCUAUGAUGAAAGACCCAGAUCCCCAGCCAUUUGUCCCAAGGUCUUCAGGCAUUAUGCGGCAUGGCCUCAACCUAACAUCUGUCUACAGCCACUUUCUGCCCCAGAGAGGACGCCCAGAGGUCACAACAAUGCCCAUGGGGCUUGGAGCCACCGUUGAUUAUAUCUUCUACUCAGCAGAGCCUGUGGAGAAUGGGAACAGAGGUGGUCGUAGGCUGUACAAGGAUGGAGCUCUGAAACUGCUUGGCCGCCUUUCCCUUCUCUCUGAAGAUGUUCUGUUGUUGGCAAAUGGUUUACCAAAUCCUUUUUGUUCAUCUGAUCAUCUCUGCCUGCUGGCUAGCUUUGGCUUGGAGAUCUCCAGCAUCAGAGAGGGUUAAUGUUGGUUCCUUCUCCCUAAAGAAAAGCUGUUCUGAAUACAGUAGGUGAGGCUCUGGACUGCACAAUCUGCUUGUGAGAAAACUCUUCUUUAUCAUGUCCUAUAAGUCCCUUUCUCCCCUGACACCCUCACCACAAGCAGGGGUGGAGACUUGAAGCACUUUUUGCAUUGGUAUUUUGUGCAUCUCCUAAUCUGUGUUCCAGUGGGCCUCCAGUUGUAGUCAGACAUUACAUCUCUUGAAGGGAUUUUUGUUCCACUGCUUUGUGUAGCAGAUGUUUUAAUGCUGCGGGAACCAACAUAAAUCCUUUGUUUAUUUGCCUUUGUGUGAGAUCUUCAAGGAGCCAGGAAAGAGAGGGGCAAUGCUGCAUAGUUCUGGUAGGUUGACUGCUGCCAAGAGGCAGGGGAUGUAUACACCAAUAUUCACUCACACCAAAACAAUGUUUCUUUUAAUUUAUCAGUGAUAGUUUGUAAAGUGUGGUCCGUCCAGGACUAGUUGUUGUGUUGCCUUUUAAAACAUUGGCUCUGCUAACUGCUUAGACAUGGCUUUUACUUAAUAAUGUGUAAGGGCUGCCUUGCUGGCAGAAGGGUUUGUGUAGUUGAACAGUUUCUACAAGAAGCUGCCUGCUUUGACUAAUGUACCAUUAAUGGGAUUGCCAGGAUUGGAGCCAUGGGUUCUACAGAUCCACCCACAGAGCUAUAGACCUGCAGCAAAAGCCUCGAGGCCUUGGGGAAGGCUCCCUUGCUUUCUAGCAGUCUUAGGACAGUACCUAGUUUAUCACUGUUAGGAAAAAGUAUUUACUAUCCUCUCUGUGAGUAUCAGGUGGAAAACAGCACCUGUAAAGCUAGGAGGCUAUGGCUGAGGGAGGUCCCAAAAGAAACAUGAAAAUGGAAUGCAUAUGAAAGGCAACAGAAUCAUCACAUCAGAUGGAAAGGCUGAUACUUGCCAGCUGCCCUACUCUUUCUCAGUGCCCUUCCUAUUCCAUUCAGCCUUCCAGAGGUCAGAUAGCCAACCUGUAGCAUCCUCCUGUACCAAACUGAAGUUCAUACUGCAGCCUUCUGGAGCCAGCCAUGUUUAGGUAGAUAGAACCUAUAGGACUGACUCCUGUCCCCUGAUAGGGAGAAGGAAGGCUGUGUAACUUUGAGCCAGAUUGUCAAGUACUUGUAUCUCAAUGUAUCUGUGGUGUCCCAUCAGUGUACUUUUGUCAGUAUUGGCUUGGCCAUUCCAAAGCCAAUAGAACUGUGCGUGUUCCUAGGGCACGUUCCCCAGUUCAAGCUGACGUUGGGUGCUUGGUUUUUCCUUGAGAGAUGAAAGCAGUGUAGGCAGAAACAUUGUCAUUCUUCUGUUCACAAAUGGGGCAGAGAAAUCCAGUUUCACCUCUGUUUUCUUUGUGGGAAGGUACAAGGACACUUGAAAAACUAUCUCUUCCUGAGUUAUAUUGGGGGACUGUCAUAUUUUAACUGUUACUUUCUUAAAUUGAAGAAUAAAGUUUUUCUAAUCUGAGAAAAAUCCUGCAAAGUCACGGCAGUGCCUUGUGCUACUGGCAACUGAACCAUCUGAGGACUUGCUUAGCAAUGCUUUGCUCGCUGGGACAUGAAAGGAGAUGACAAAUUAGCUACAUAAUAGAGGGAAGAAAUGGUCUUAGCUGUUGUCUCUCAGCACAUCCUCAAAUCCCAAAAAUGGUUUAGUUGGCAUUGGUCUUGUCUUGCAAAAUGGUUUGCAUUCAGGAACCCUCCCCCUCCUCCCAGAGAAAACAAGUACUGCUGAUCUUUUAUGGCUCACUUCUGUAAACUGCACAGAAGCAAGGCGUCUGUGUGAGGACUGUGUUCUGUGCCCACAUGAUUGUGUAAGGACUGCAUAUUCUUCUCUUGUUGCCUUGCCAGAUGCUGUGAUAUCUAGAUGGCUUUUGCUACCCUAGUUGGGAUGUAGGAGUCUGCAUAAGUGAACAGCAUGCAGGGGGUGUGUAAGUUUGCAGCUUUAUUUGCCUUUAAAUUCACAGUGAAAGGUUCUGGUUUGGUACUGGCUGUACACAGGGAGAGAAGCAGAGCUGGACAUUUCUGUGCCUCUGUUUAAUCUGGCAGUUGCACUAAUUUCUGCAGAAACUUUUGUUCUGAUUCUGUAAUUGGUUGUAUUUGUACAGGGAGAGGAAGAAAGAGAGACUGGUUAAUUGAGAGCUUUACUUUCUUCCAGGCUUGAAAAGAGGUUGGCAGAGAGCAGCCUGGUUGCAGGUAACUCCUACCAGCUGGUAACAUUAUAAUAAGAAACUUGGGACACACUAAAGAUUGGAAAACAACCAUCCAAAAGCAAAACAAGAAAAAACACUGUGACAUGUAGUGUUGGCACUUAGAGCUUUGGCUGUCUGCUUCAGCUGUAAUUGCUAGCUACAUCUGAUGGUUAGUUGAGGAGUGGGGGAGUGUGUGAAAGCAGCUCUUCUGCCCUGCUUAUUGAGACCCAUGAGGUGUGCACAGUGUACUAUCAAAUGAACCAGUUGCCCUUGCACAGGCUGAAGCACCUACCAGUUCUGUGAUGUAACUGAGGUGUAGGAGCUGUGCUUCAAAGUUGCAAGUGCUUAUUCCAUGUUAAACCAAAUAUUCAACAUUUCUUUUACAUAACUUGCAUGCAGGCACCUCAGGGAGGUUUUAAGCUUCCUGCUGUAUCUAUAAUGUUCCACAGGUCAAGCUAGUACUUUUCCUUCUUGAUACAUGAAGUAGCAUGGCAUGAAUUUGGAAUGGUUAUGUGAUUGAACACUGGACACUGAAUCACACUGAGAAACCUCAGACUGCCUGCAAGUCUGAGUUUUCUUUCUGAAGAUUAGAAGGCUCCUGGAGGGACCUGCAGCUCUUGGAAGCCAUGGCUGUUUCUUGGACAUUCAUAGGUGAAGCUAUUGCAGAAAUAUAGAACCAUUGCUAGUGACUGAAUACAGCUUCAGACAUAAAGAGCUGAAGAGUUGAUUGCUGUGUUGUUUUGACCACUGUCCCUGAAGCUCUGAUGUGGACCCCUAAGGAGUUGGCCUGUUGCAGGAAGUUUAAAUCCCCCUGUGUUCUAGAGUAAUUUGGACUUAAUUUCAGAUGGGUCUGGAGACCUGUCAAUGUCUCCAGCUGUGUGGGCGUAUAGGAGAAGUUUGGAGGUGAGGUGGGUAGAAGCUGUCUCUAGCUUUCAGGUAACAACAACUCCGUAGUUGUAAGGAGAAAGUAACAUGUUCUUUGUUGCUUUAAUAGCACACAAUGAUACAGUAAGAGGCUGUGGUAAUGAGCAGAUUGUGGUGGGGCACAUUCCAGAUACAUUUCAGAUGUAUCUCUUAACAAUUUUUGUCUAAAGGUACAACUAGUUGUCAUUAGCAUAGCUUUCUGAUGAAUUACAGAGAGGAUAAAAGGAGAAGAAUGGGAAUAGCUGCUAUGCUCAAAAAGGGAAGGUUCUGUAGUAGUAGGAUCAUUUACAUGAUGUUAGUAGUGAUGUGGAGCUCAGAGAGACUGGUACUUAAGAGAGGAUGCCAAAGACCACUUGCAGUGUGUAUAUAUACCCUGUUACCAGCCUCCUAAGCUCCAGGAGCAUGUCCAUGUAGAGGCAAACAUGUAUUUGACAGCAGCUUGGAUUGCACCACAGCUGCUAAGCUGUGUUACUUACACUGUUUAGAGUUGGAUUUCCUUCACUUUCUCAAGGGUUUAAGUUCAUUGCUUCAGGAGGAUGCCCUUUAUAGUCAGUUUUCCCCAUUACAUGGGAUGGGAUGAGCAGUGAACAAUGUAAUUGCUCUAAUUUCUUUCUUUUAGUAAAUGAAACAUGGCUGCUCCUUGAGGUCUGCUUCCUCCAUGCCUUUUCCUUAUGAGCUAUAUCUAGCAGCUGUUUUCCCAUAGUUGCCAUAUCUGUUUAAAUUUCAGAGUUCCUGACAUCUGGGGAUUUAUGCAGAUGUAUUUCUUCAGUUAAAAGUUAUAGGUGGAAUUCUUCACAGCUGAGUCUUAAUAUAAAGUUAACAUUUAAAUAGUGCCAAGCUAUAGUGAGUUCCCUCACCCCUGAAGAGUUAAGUGGGAAGGGUGAGAGCUCUGGAACCAGCACUUAGGUGGGAAUAAUUCUUGUUAUAUAAAACAAACAAACAAAACAGGUUCAAGACUUAUCAUUGUUGCCCUGCUUUGUGAAGCAUAGAACUCUGUAAUGUACUUGACCUUAGCUCCUUUUCUCUGAGGAGUCUCUUAGAGGCUCUAAUAACAGUUCAGCACCUCAGAGAAUCUGUUUUAACUGUGGGUUAAGGUAUGUGUCCUGCUUCUAAUGAUAUUUGAGACUGGUGUUGGCAAACAGUCUGCAAAGCAGGAUGUUGCUACAGAGCAAUUUCUCCCCCCAGUGUGACCACCCAACUAUGAACAUUUAUUGAAUGUACUGUUAGGAAUUUCCAGAUAUAUCCAUGGUUCAUACAAGUCUCCCUGAAGCCUUUUGUGGCUUAGAUAAAGGAGAAGCACACAAGCCUUAGGACCAUCUCCUUCAGGAGGCUUCCAGCUGUGCAGGUUAAUUGAAUUGCUGGCUAUGGCCUGCACCUUCUCUGACUGUAGCUGCCAGGCCUGAAGUGCUUUCCCUAGCACUCUCACUCUGAAAUGUGCAAUCUGUACCUUCACUGCCGCUGUACUACAUCAUGUUUCAAAGGGUGAUACUCAGUGUCUGUAGAGAACUCACCUGCUAUAAUGUUUAUCAUGAUGGCUGACGUAACAGCUGGGACGCCUGAGGUUACUUCCUUUUGUCAGAUGUACAAGUUUGACUUCUUCUGUCCAGACAAGUUAUCCUGCAGCUUCCACUGAAAAUGUCAUUCUAGUCUUGAAGCUCUUUCCAUUUAUUUAAUUUUGAGUCUAGAGUGCAUAUUCUUUUGCUCUAGAGGAACAGGAAUGCUGCAUAGUGGAGCUGGAAAUUUUUUCCUUGCUUCAGUUAGACAAAAAGCAGCUUUCAAGGUGCUGAGGUGGCAAAUGGGAGGAGGACUAAACUAGACACUGGCAUGUACUACAACAAAAGAUGCAUUUGUUCCAUCCAUUUUUUCCCCUUUUCUAUUAAAAAAAAAGGAUAAUCCACUUAAAGCCUUAACAGUUCUUCAGCUUUUUAGUCUUUUCUUUCUGUCUGGGAAGCCACAUACAGCAGUCUUAAGUUUAUUCAGUUUUGGCCACUGCUGAACUGAGUAUAGAAGAAUGCAGUAGUUAUUCUAAAGCUGUUCCUCUCCUUUUGUCCUCCAUAGUAACGUUGGAGGUAGAAUGGCAGUUACUCUGCCAGAAUAGAAAUAUAUUCCAGGAGAGCCAACUCAGCUGAGUUAACUGCAGGCUGCCAAGGGCCUGCUGUCCACAGCAUGGUACACGUCUUUGCUCCAUAAUCCUGCAGUCUCUGCCCGAGUGGUGCCCAUGCAUGCGUUUUUCAUAGAAUCAUAGAAUGGUUCAGGUUGGAAGGGACCUCCAAAGGUCAUGUAGUCCAACCCCCAUCAUGCUUUUAGGCACAUGAAAGCUUUUCAGAUUUGCAGUCUUGGUCUUUUCAGCACAGUAGCUGACUGUAUUUUUUGUGUUUGUUUUGUUACUGCUCACUGAGUUGUGCAUCCUUCUCGUGAAGGUACAAGUAGCCUGAUCUCCAGUUGAGUAAAAAAGCCUAGAACUGCAGGAACUAUCAGUAGCAGAGGGGAAGCCUGAUCUAAGAAGGAACUUGUUUUUAAUCUCAGCUGUGACCAAGUCACUGUUUUGCUGUUCUCACUCCACUGUCUGGCAAUCACUGUGCAUCUAUAUAGGGUUUAGGAGUUACCCAACUGUGAGACAUGGAUCAGGGGAUAUUUUCAAGCCAGCAAGUUUAUAGAAGUCACAGCAUUUUAGGGUUUUCUUGGCUAAUAAAGUAUUAGGGGAGCAAGAAGCCUUUGACUGCUGCUGAAGUCUGUUGUCAUCUCUGGGGCUUGAACACAGGCCAUGCAGGCUUAUCAAGUGGCUACUUUCUUCUUAGGUUUUCAUACCAUCUGCUAGGUGCUGAGUAAUUUCUUCCCCUCUGGGCAGAAGCUGUUCAUGUAAUUAAUUAGCUAAAAGGGGCUAUUGCAUGGGUUGUCCUCUUUGCAGAGGCAGAUUAGGGGAUGUUUAUUCCUUUCCUCUACAUACUGUUGGCUAGCCUACAUCCUGGCCCUGAUCUCAAGCUAUUACUCAUUUCCCUAGAGAGAAGGGGUAUCUUAUGCCUGAAAGAUGAUAGCCUGAAUAAAGUUGGAUCCCCCUUGCUGGGGAAACACACUGAAUCUUGCAGCUGGCUGUCCUUUAUUAACCCAGUAUUUGUCUUGAGAAGUCUGGUGAGGUCAUUAGUUUGGAAGGCCAAGGUCUGACUACAGACCUUAAGCAGAAUUGCUUUUCAGGCCAGGAAGGGAGAUUGGAUCAUAUGUUGAGGAACAAAGCAGUGUGAGCAGACACUUGAGUUAACUACCAUUGUAUUGUAUCAAGAUUGAAAUUUAUGUUGCUGUAUCCAAAGGGUAUUUUUUUUUCAUGGUCCAACUGAUGAUGCACCAAAGAAGACAAGGUGAGUUUUAGCUUGUGUGCACAGACAUACUCACCUGUUAGAUGACUGAAGGCGAAUGAAAGUUGUUUCAUCUGCAUAGUGUUGCUAGUACAGGGCAUCCAUAUGUAAUUUGUCUGAUAGCAUCACUCAAGGCUGUGCUUUUGACUUCUCAGCUAAUCAAGAAUGGGAAAUUUAAUUUGGAAGGACAGACAGUACAGACAUCUUGUUUUCUCUGCACAAGCUGAGAACAGUACAGAGGGCAUUUUAUUAUCUUAAGUGUAAAAAGAAAGCAGGAAGAAGUAUCAACAUAAGGGAUAGGGGAGGUGCAGUAAGAACUAAAUCUAAAUAGGAAUUCUGUGUUGGCUACAUAAGAACACAGAACCACACUGAUUACAAAAAGACACACAUGAGAUUGUUCUUAACGAGAGAAACCUUCCAUAUCUUAGUUCUGAGCUGUACCAGUGAUAAAGAUGUAAAUGAUUCUGGAGCACCCUAUCAGUGCUAGAGCAGAGUACUAAUGUGCAUGGAAGGGGAUCUCUCUGGUCCUGCUAGCACCAUCUCAAACCAGAUCUGAAGGGAAACUCUGCUCUGCAGAGAUGACAUGGGACUCAGUAGCAUUCUGACCCUAAAUUGAGUUGCUCAUGAGCAGACAGGGCCAGGGCACCGCUAGAGGAGACUGGUGUGAUACAAAUAAACACUCAGAAAACAGACAAAAAUACUAACUUUCUAAAGGAGUUCAACUUGGCUGGACUGUCUCCACCUUGCUCUGGCAGAGGAAAGGCCAAGCCAGAAUAGCACUUGCUUUCUUAGGCUGAGUUAAAAAUCCAUAAUGCAGGUUUUAAUGUUGACAGGGUAACAGUGCAGCCACAGGAAUACGUGGUGUUACUUCAGCCAGAGUGACACACACACUGCAUGGGACAGAGGGCACCACCUGCUUACACAUAGUGCCUGAUCAUAGGGACCACUUAAAAUACUUCACUUAGAAGGAGCACAUACUCCUAGGCAAAGGCCAAAGCAACCACAUGAAGUGAUUAGCCACUAGAGCAUGGUCAAUACCAUGCAAUUCAGACUCUUUUGCAAUAGGAGCAUUCAUCUCUUCAUUAUGGUUUCUUAAACUCUGCACUUUUAAGGACAAUCGUGUUUCAGUCUAUAACAGCACGUGUGAGCCUAUCUUAAGGGGCUGGCAUCUGAUUAAGGCUUUCACCUGCAGUACUCUAAAACCCCCACAGUCCUGUUAAGCAGAUCUGGCAACAGCAACACAACUCCUGCAUGAACAUAAACUAUGUUUCAACCCCAUUUCUGGAGUCAUUUAUUCUAGUAGAUCAAAGCAUACUGUGUACUGACCCAUACAGUGGCACACAGGUACGAUAGUCAAUUGGAUAAAAAACCUGCUCCACUCCCAUCUAAAACACUUGCUAACAUACCUUAAGAUCCUAAAGACACUUUUAGCUUAGAUCAGUGUUAAAAAGAAGACUAGUGUCACAAACCCCUGGACACACAACCUGCUCUUUAGUAUAUGAAGUUUGCAUCAGCAGAAAGUUUUUCUCAUUAAUCUGUUAAUUCAUUUAAAAAAAUGCAGUUGGCCAGGUAUCAAGGGACUUGUUUACAUAAAAGUAUAAAGAGGAACUCUUCUUUCAGGGUUUGCAUUACAUUUAAAAUAGUUUGCUAGUAGCUCAGCAGUUGUUCAAGUCCUUCAAAGUCCACACAGACUUCACAUAGAACACAGGCAGUGGCUGUCCAUUCCUAGCACGUGGAUGCAGUUGUCUUCCAGAGUUCAGAAGGACUUGUACUAGAGAACAGAUGAGACCUACUGAACAGUGAACUUUAUACCCCAGAGCUACAUAAACAACCAUAUUAAUAUUUAACCCUAAACAUCUAAUAGGACUCCUCAAGAUUCACCUUGUUUGUUCCGCAGGCACUAAGUUGCAAUCUAGUUCCUUAUUUUCACUGUAGCUCUAAAGAUUGCAGAAGUGAAAAAGACUCAUUGCCAGCCUUUUUUUCCUUAUGAUUAAAGGCAGACAGAUCAGAAGCCAGAGCUGGUGGACGAGGAAGAAAGGAAGUGCAAAAGUUCAUCUGUCAUUGUAGCCUCCAGUUUCUUACAGCAUAAAACUGGAUUGCAGUAGUCCUCCACGUCACAGGGCCACAAUACUGGUUUGUUUGGUAGUAAGGAAGUUAAGCUUUAUACUGAAGUCAUUUCUCGUGUAACAAAGAGCAAGAGGGAGACAACUGUUCAGUCAUUUUCCAGUUUCUUGCACCAGCUGCUGAACUGGAGAAAUAGUAAGGGACAGGAAUACUACCACAAAGAGAGACAUAGUAGAAGGCUUGGAAUAGUAACCCUAGUGGAGGGCUCAUUUCUGCUACUGUGUACACCUUGAUAAGACAUCAUCAGAUACACAAGAAGAGUCGCCUUUUAACAUACAUAAUAGUAGAACUAAAUUUUGAAAGAGAAUAUUCUUGUCUGGCUAUAGCUGAGAAUUAAGAGACCUUAAACUCUAUUUGUCAUUCAUUCCUUAAACAUCCACUUCAUUUGGUUUUCUGUUAGCCUUAGUUACAUCCUGCAGGAAAGUGCUUAAUGAUCAGGUCAAAAAAGCAUUUUGUUUUAAGCCAUUCCACCUUGGUGGACUGCUGAGCAUCUCUUUUGCUCUCCACUCAAGAAAGCAUUAUUACCUUGCAGCUGACCCCUCACUCGCCCCAUUUUCUUUGAAGUAUUCCUCUCUCCAACAUACUUCACUUCCUUCCCAUCUAAAAAGGCUCAUCAGAAGUUAUGAAGGUACUAAUUAUUUUCAAGAGCUUUCCAGUUACUCUGAAUUAGCCAACCAACCAAAAUCAUGGUGAGGAUACAUCCCACUAUCAGUUGAGUGGCUGUCAUUUUUUUUCUGGAUUUAAUCCACUCUAAUAAAGCCUGCCACUUGGCCUGUC